GUGUGUGUGUGUGUGUGUGUGUGUGUGUGUUACUACUGCGAUAACAAGACACAUGCUUCCAGAGGCGAGCAGACCCGAGGCGGAAGAGCCGAGUUCACUGCUCAAAGUCAUCUGAAUGAGACAGCAUGAGUGAAAGUGUGUUUGUGUGUGUUUCUCACACACUAGAUCGGAUUUACAGGAAUCAGCUGAUCCGAGUGUUUUGGUGCUUCACCGUCAGUCUGGUUAUGAGGGUCUUCUGAAGAUGGGCGAUCUGCCGGUUAAUGGCUCUAUCUUGGGCGGCAGGGGUGUAUCUGACGGCCCCUCCGUCCCACCCAGCAUGUCGAUCGACAAGCUCCUUCCGGCCCUGCUCGAGUGUUUUGGGAUCAUCCUCUGCGGAUACGUCGCAGGCCGCAUGAACAUCAUCCCGGCGACACAAGCUAAAGGACUGGGCAGCUUCGUGUCCAAGUUCGCGCUUCCAGCUCUGCUUUUCAAGAACAUGGUGCUGCUGGACUUUGGCGACGUGAUCUGGCCUUUCUUCUUUAGUAUUUUGGUGGCUAAAGUGGCCGUGUUCUUCUUGGUGUGCGUCUUCACACUUUUGGUGGCGGACAGAGAGAGCCGUUUCUCGAAAGCUGGCCUCUUCUCCAUAUUCGCCACGCAGAGUAAUGACUUCGCCCUGGGGUUCCCUAUAGUCGAAGCUUUGUACCUUAACACUCAUCCCGAGUAUCUUCAGUACAUCUACCUGGUGGCCCCCGUCUCCCUCAUGGUCCUAAACCCGCUGGGCUUUGCCUUCUGCGAGGUGCAGAGGUGGAGGACCGGAGAACCUCACCAGCAGAGCAAGCUGCAAGUUCUGGGCUUGGUGCUCCUUCAGGUGGUCAAGAACCCUAUAGUCUUCAUGGUGGUGAUCGGGCUCAUUUCUCACUUCCUGCUGGACCAGAAGAUCCCGGCCUUCAUGGAGGAGUUUGUAGACGGUCUGGCAAACUCGUUUGGAGGAGCGGCGCUGUUUUAUCUGGGUCUAACCAUGGUGGGUCAGCUGAAGAAGCUCACCCGCUCCACUGUGGUGGCCCUCAUUCUCCUCAUCACCGCAAAACUGCUGGUGAUGCCUCUGAUCUGCAGAGGGAUGGUCGAGGUGUUGGACUGUGGAAGCAGAAGCUCCAUGAACCACACCAGCCUGUCAAACUACGCCUUCCUGUAUGGAGUCUUUCCCACCGCCCCGAGCGUGGCCAUAUAUGCAUCACAUUACAACAUGGAGCUGGAAGUGGUGACCUCGGGGAUGGUGCUCAGCACGUUUCUGUCUGCUCCCAUCAUGUACGUCUCUGCCUGGCUGUUGACCAUUCCCUGGAUGGACUCGGAUCCGCUAGCGUCGGCGCUGCAGCACGUCAGCUUCAACAUCAGCAUCAUCAGCCUCUUUGCUCUGGUCUGGAGUGUUGCAGUCAUGCUACUGAGCAGAAAGUUUCACAGAGUUCCUCACAUUUUCACCAUUAACCUCUUUGUGGCUCAGCUUCUAACCUGUGUUGGGAUGAUAGCGUGGAACUUCAUGGCAGAGCAGGAGAACUUCCUGGGUCAGGUGUUGACCUUUACUCUACUGUACGGCUCUCUCUACAGCACUUAUAUUUGGCCCGGUCUGAUCGCUCUGUCUCUGCUCCUCAUGAGGAGACGCGAGGAGCUGAACUUCAGGCCAGGGCUCACUGUGAUCACUGGCUGGGGUGUCCCUGUUCUGGCUGUCAGUGUCCUCCUCCUGACAGGGAAAAGAUUGCCAAGCACUAUCGACUCUGCAUUCUUUUAUGGAGAGACGCAGGUGACGUGCACGUCUGUGGUGUUGUUUGUGAGCAUCGCGCUGUGUGGCGUCUCUCUCACACUCCUCAGCAGACGAGCACAGGGCUAUCACGGCCUUGAAGGUGGAUCACUGACCGACAGCGAGGAGGACGUCAACCUUCCCUACGACGCGCACACAGAGCAACCCAGUGCUGUAGGCAGCAUUAACACAGACUGUCAGAUGUGCGACUGUGCGUGUGGCCGCCCGCCGCCCGUGCCUGACAUGACAGGCGUCAAAGAGGAAGCAUCCAUCCAAACAGGCCAAUGCAGCCAGCAGUGUACAUCCACAAGCUGCCUGCUGGUCGAAGAAGAACAGAAAGCGGCGGAUAGACACAACGCAGAUAUACAGUCGACAAGACAUGUGCUUGUGUGUCUGUUACUGACCGUCAGUCUGCUCGCUAAUCUCUCCAGCUGUCUGUGGUGGCUCUUUAAUAAAGAUCCAGGGCGGCUGUAUCUGGAGCUGCAGUUCUUCUGCGUUGUGGCCAACUUUGGGCAGGGUCUCAUUUCUUUUGCCUUUUUUGGCCUCGACAAGCAUUUGAUUAUCUCUCCGUUCAAAAAGAGGCUAGCGAGCCUGUGGCAGGGUUGGGGUCAGGAGGUCACAGGUUCUGCAGCGUCUGAGGAGAUCAGACUGACCUGCACUCAGUUCCUCACGUAUCAUAAAGAGCAAUGUGUCAGAGACAUCGUUCACAAGAAAAGGUGUGGACAGAGAAGCACCACAGAGACGUUUCUGGGCAGUGACAUGGUGCUCUGGCUGCGGAGCGUGGGAUUGGCCAGCGAGCCGGGGGAGGCGGUGGCGUACGGCUCCCGUCUGCUGGAGGGAGGAGUCAUUCAACACAUCACUCUCGAGCACGGCUUCCAGGACCAAGCUCUGCACUACCGCUUCACCUAGACCACACGCACAUUUAUUUAGUCUACUGAUGCUGAUAGCAGCAACUUACAGAAGCCCGUUUCAGCCGCUGAAUAAAAUUUUAAAAAGGUUAUUGCGACUUUAGAUAUAAACAUGCAAAUGCAAAGUCAGAGUCGCGACUUUAUAUCUUUGAAUUCUGAGAUAACUUAAUGUUUUUUUUUCCUGUCACAAUUGUGAGUUAAAUUGUCAGAAUUGCAUGUUCAUAUCAUGAAAUUAGGACUUUAUAAUUCUUAAUUGUGGCUUUAUAUCUCAGAAUUCAGAGGAAAAAUGACAGAAUUGUGAGAUAAAAAUGUAAAAUUCUUUUUUUUACUUUUUAUUCAGCGGCAGAAACAGGCUUCUAUAAUAACCAGAUGUGAAAGUAAUUGGUUACAAUGAGGUCUUGAACACUUUAGCUACCUCACGCAUCCCGGAUGACAAAGGGGUGACCGCAAAUCCUGCUCGUCUGUUUUUUGUUUUUGUUAUUAUUUUCACAUUAUUAUUAUUAUUGAACUGCCUGGCACAUUCAUUUCAAUGUGAUAGAAUUGAGUUGAAUGUAAAGUCAAAGGUUUACAUCUGAUUCUGCUCCACACAGGGUGUUGUUGCAGUUUUGUAAUUUUUUUUAUGUUGUUGUUGUUAUUAUUAUUAUUUUUGUGCACAGUUAGUGGUUGUUUUUAUGUUUAAGCCCAGCCAACUUGCACUUGCCGCAAUAAAACAU